CUUGCUGGUCACGUGAUUUCUAGCUCACAAGUACCCUCAAGAAUCGACUGUGGGUUUAACUGUUUGGAUGAACAGCGUUGUGUUUCGUACAACUACGAAGAAGGAGAGAAAGUAUUUCAUGGCUGUGAAUUAAACAGCGAAAGUAAAGAGACAAGGUCGUCCGACAUAACAGAGAGAACUAAUUACUCUUAUUAUGGCUCACGGAAAAGUGUAAGUGAUAAGUUUAAGAUCUAUCCAGUUUGCCUGCUUCACAGACGAAACCAAACUUCUGGUUAAGUCCGUCUGCGAAGAAGCGCCAAAAUCCUUGUUUUCGGCCUCCACCUGUGUACCCGGAUUUGAGUACGCGCCUUGAUUGGCCUGUUAAAAAAGCCAUUGUUGAUUUAGCAAUCAAGUUGAAGGGAAAUAGACCUUUUUACCGAUACGGCAGCCAUAUUGAAUUGAGUCGAUUUAAGGAGUAUUAUAGGAUGCCCAGGGGGCAUGAGCACAUUUUGUUUGUAUUUUCGAGCUCUUUUCGGGAAAUUUUUUCUUAAAGUUUUCUUAGAAUAAGAUUGCAAUGGGAAAAAAGAUCCUUGUGCCGUGUUUGGAAGUAAUAAUGAUCGCUUUUUUCCCGAGAAAAUAUACAGUGAAAGACCAUUUUUCUAAUACUAGACCAGAAAAAGGCGAUCAUUAUUACAUCAAAACACGGCACAAGGAUCUUUUUUCCCAUUACAAUCUUAUUCUAAGAAAACUUUAAGAAAGAAUGUCCUGAAAAGCGCUCAAAAAUGCAAACGAAAUGUGCUCAUGCCCCCUGGGCGUUCUAUAAUACUCCUUAAAUCGAAUUAAUUCAAUAUGGCCACCGUAUCGGUAAAAGGGUCCUUCAAAACGUAUCUAGUAAUUCGUUGAGUCCCCAGAACAAGGAUAUCGGCGUUGCUUCGCAGACGUUACUAACUGAGGCUAGAUAACGUCUGCGACACAGGCUAAGACAGUAUAGUACAGUACAGUACAGUACAGUACAGUACAGUACAGUACAGUACAGUACAGUACAGUACAGUACAGUACAGUACAGUACAGUACAGUACAGUACAGUACAGUACAGUUAAAAUCCUCCAAGACGGUAAACGUGUGACCAUGGAGUUACACUGGCGACUACACGGUCGACCAGUGCAGCGAAACGACUCUUAUCCUGUGUAGACUUCUUUGUCUGUUCAAUGGAGACAUUUAAUAAUGUAGCUAUAUUUAUCUAAGACACUCUGGUUAGGGCGCUAAAUAGUGCAACUGUAUACCCUGAAACCAUUCCCUGUUCAGCGGCGAAAUUAGGCCAAAUAAGAGAGUGUCUACCCGGAAAUAAAUUUUGUUAUUUUGUCUUGGAUUGCAAGGAUUCCAGUGCGUGUGCCUCAUCCCCAUGUGGGCAUUAUGGAACGUGUAUAGAUACAUGUACCGAGGGGUCUGGGUUCAAGUGUAUUUGCACUGAAGAAAGGACUGGAGACAAAUGUCAGGACAAUAAAAGUGAGUAGGCUGUCCAAUCAAACUGUUGGAGCAGAAGAUAUCAACUACUGCUAGUACACUGAAGGGUUCGCUUGAUCCCAACCCCUUGUUACCGGUCCCACCCCCCCCCCAACCCUAACCCUAACCCACCCCCACCCCACCCCACCCCCCUUCCAGCAGUUUAUGUUAUUAUAAUUUUUUUUCAAUUGUGAGUAUUAUCUGCUUUCCUUGGGGCUUAUUAAGAAUAAUUCACAACUCUGGGAUUGAGAUUAUUAUUUUCAUUAUUUGCUCUUAUUGUUGUUAUUGUUAUUGUGCAAACAAACUUUGUUAAUAUGUUAGUUUGUCUAAAGUUUAAUGCUUAAGACUUUCAUUGUUUCUAGUCACGUGGUACAGAAACACUAAACUGAAAAGCUAGCAACAAAAGAAACAACAAAUGAUCUUGUAUACAGCAGUCCCAAAAUCAUAGUGUUGCUUCUUGGCUUGCUCUUUGUUAGGGAACAUUAUGAUCGUGUGAACAAAUGAAAAAAGUGUUUAUUAUUUUAAUAUUUUUUUAAAAAAAAAAAGCUACCGUGCAAGAUUAUGAGGUUGUCUUCCCAGAAGAAAGCGUGACAGAUUUCAUCAUGGCUGACAUCACGCAGACAUUGUCACAAUUCACGUUAUGUUUGUGGGCAAAUAUUGUCUCUCCUGGCUGGAGCACCUUCUUUUCUCACGUGACCUCUGAUGGUGAGGAGGAGCUAAUGUUAAGAUGUCAGAAUGUGUCGCUGUGCCAGCUGGGGUUGAUAGAACAGACGAAGUAAGAACAACUUAAAUUGAUGCAAUGAUCAUAAAAAUGAACUGUUUAUCAAAGGUUUUUGCUAAGUUAUUGCAGAGAAAAAUUUAGACAGUCAUUCCAAGCUAAAGGGUUGAUAUAUCUAUUUUACACAUUAGAGAAAGAUUGUUAGUCGUCUCUUCUUCCCCUAUCCUGGCCUCUCACCACGUUUUGAACAAGUUGCGAUUUUGAGCGAAAAAAAUAAGGUCACAUCACAUGAUCAAACCUUUAAAAAAACGUUGCUAUGCACAGCCAAUUACUGUAUACCGAGUGCACUUUAAAAACAGACAGUACGAAAUAAAAAGGACAUAGAGAAAUCUUAUAUGAAUCUUGCUUCAGUACACAGGUCGCCCAGUCUUCUCAGUAUUUGCAAGUUAUGUUUGAGGUUUAAAAAUCCCUUUAGUAUAGCUCCUUUUGAGAACUCUUGACCACAGACAGACCAACUGAAAAACUAAAUAGCAGCAGUUUGAUGAUUCGCGAAGGAGACUUAGAUUCUGUUGAAACAGGCCAAAGCCGAUCAGUGGUUCGAUGGGAUGGGUAUCUCUGUCAAUUAAUCACGUGAAUUUUCUUCAUUAUUUCAGGUCUUUCUAUGUUGUCCCUUUCAACGACAGUUUUUGGCACCAUAUUUGCGUGAGCUGGGAGAAUGGACAGGGUAUUUGGGAUGUAAUUAUUGACGGAAGCGUGAUGGCCCACGGAAGUGCUUGGCGUCAAACGCUAAAUCUUCGACCAGGAUUAUUGAUUGUUGGUCAGAGACAAACUAGUCAUGGAGGGGGAUUUACUUUAGAAGAGUCUUUUGCUGGAAAAGUCGCCUCCGUAAAUGUGUGGGACGUGAAAAUUGCUUUGAGUUUCAUCAAGGAAAUGGCAAGGACUUGUAAUCAAGUGUUAGGGAACGUAACAAAUUGGGCAAUGUUUCGAAAUGGCUUCAAUGGACAUGUCCAGGUUCGCUCGCCUCAUAGCUGUGUUUCACCACGUAAGUAAACCCAAUGAGCCUCGUUUGACCUUGUUUUGUUUAAGAUCUUCACUGCGAGAAUAGUCACAAAAUUUCGCCGCGCUAUCGAUAUGUAUUCCCAUCAUCUCUUUCCUUUUACUAAGCCGGUUACUGGUCCUUAAUGGGGACCGCAGUCUACCUAUUUAAGGGCCUGAUUACAUUGAGGUGGAGGACCCCAGGAAGGUGAGGUAACCCGCCUGUCCAUAUAAUCUCUCAUAUGGUCAUCCCACCUAUCAAGUAAACGUGAUCAAAUUAAGAUGAGAUAUUAUAUGGACAGGCAGGUUACCCCACCUAAGCGGGUUACCUCACCUACUUGGGUACCACUGUCUCCAUGUAAACAGGCCAUUAAAUCACGUUUUCGGGUUUUUCCCCCAUCUUUUCGCGAAGUUUUGCUUGCGGGAACUACUAACACAAAGUUUUCCCCACCCUCCUCCCCUUCGGCGACGUGUAUCCGUCCGCCUGUGUAUUUUCUGCUUUUUGCUAUCCCGGCAAUGAGUAGCUAUUGUGUAUUACAGUUUGUUUGUGUUAUUUUUCUCCGUCAACUUAACAAGACUUAACGGCAUUUAAAACAUUCCGAGGCUCCCUAUCCCGGCAAAUCGCGAUCGUAGGUACAACCCUGGUGACUGGUGAAACUAUUCUUUGUCUAUUCCCUUUAAUUAGUUAUCUCUUUUUAUAACUUUGUUCCUUAAAAAAGACAAUUUCGUUUUCAGUGGCAGAAAAUGAAUUCAUUUUGGAUUUUCCAUCACGUCAAACAUCUAACUACGUCGAAACAACCAUCUCACAAACUCUAAGUCAGUUCACUUUCUCUCUGUGGAUGAAGCGAGGCUACGAUGGAGAUCUUGAUGCUGGUCUUUUUUCCUACUCCACGUCACAAUCUGUAAACGCGCUCGAAAUUAUAUUGGGAGGCAGUGGAGGCUCCAACCUAUAUGUUAUGACAAGCGCGUAAGUCAGCAUUUUGUCAAAUGGCUUUCACAUGGCUCUAUUUAUCUUUAGGUUGUGUUCUACUGGGAUUUAGCGUUCCAUGCAAAAUCGGUUUUGGCAAAUUUUCGAAGUCCCUACAAAAACAAUUUUCGUUGAGACGUGACUUUUUAAUGACGAGAAAUAAAUUAUUUUCCCACCUGGGGGUAGCCAUAUAUUGAAAAAGGUGUCAAAACUCGUUUUACAGGGCAACGUCAAUGUUCAUGUACACGUUCACGAGGACUUUCAAAUAUUCCCAGAUAAACUGUAGGAAACGUCUUUAGUGGUCAUAGCUUGAAUGAUUUUGAAGUUUGAUAGAUCGAGUUAAGGUACAUUAAAACCGCCAUUAAUAUUUCUUGACAAGUUUUUGUUUUAAAUUUUAGGUCUUAUAACUACCGUUUACCACCUACCACUGAUGACCUUUGGCAUCACUUUUGCGCGACAUGGUCAAAUACCGAGGGUAAUGCUCAAGUCUUCUUUGACGGAGUAUUGAAAAGUUCAAGAUGGGGAUAUCGAGUGAACGUUGUGAUCCCAGCUGGAGGAAUACUGCGAAUAGGACAAAAUCAGAUAGCUUUCGGAGGAGACCAUAACCCUGUACACAGUUACCAUGGUAAAUUUGCUCGAAUAAACAUGUGGAGUAAAGUCCUCGAUGACUCCGCCAUUGUUGCGCUAGCGAGAGGGUCUGGUGCCGAGAAUGGAGACAUCAUUUCCUGGACAGAGCUGCGCACAAUGACUCAUGGGAAUGUUGCCGUGCAUUCAAGCAAUCUACAACUAACAGGUGGAGGCUUGCUUAAUUUUUUUUUUUCUUAUAAAAUAGUGCAGCAAACAAAGUCGCAUGCUCUAUUUAUCUGAUAUUACCGUAGAUACUGUAAAAUCUUACUAGUUUUCCUUCAUUUUUCAUGAUGGGGUUAAAUGAAAAUAACAAUAAAAAAAUGAAACAAGACCCUCGCCUACAAUGACACUCAUUUAUUAGUCGUUUAUAAAAGUUAUAAAAUUUGACAAAACGAUUAAUCGCGCUUGAGUUUAUUGUAACAAAACGAGGAGAAGAAAGAAAGAAACCUCAAUCGCCAACUGUGAAGUAUUAGACGAAAAAUAUCGCAUCGCUGUUCAAGGAAUUUUCAGUGUUCACAGACUGGUUGUUUGACUACGCUUUUUGUUAAAAACAAACCAAGAAGACUGGUGUCCUCGCUCGGUGGCUGUUUGCUUUUGUUUUUAAAGAUUUAUGUACUAAAAAUCGGGGGAAAUUGCCGAGGAAAAUAUCAAGACAACGGAAAAAUAGAGAUUUCAGUAUUUUAAAUUCCAGAGCGCCUAGCCAAAAUAAUAAAACUAGUAGAACAUCGUGUCGCCGUCUUUUCGAAAACUUUUUACCUUCUACUCCAACAGAAGUAACCUUCGAGAUCUCCCUUAAUCUCGCAAGAAGUUAAAUGUGAUUGUGCGGACUAUUUUAUUUUUAGCUGAAAAAAUUAACAGAUAAAAGCACGCAAAAGUGGAGGUAUCGUGCAAGAGGUUUAUUUUAUGGUAUGAAAGAUAAAGGGAGAGUUACUAGAGUAUAAUAAACCUAAAAAGAUAAUACCAUAUGUAUUACAAUAUUUUACUUUGCUUAUUUUUUUUUAGCCCAGGAAAGUGACUAUGAUCUGAAUUUUGCGUCCAAAUCUACUGCUAAUUACGCUGUUUACAAUGAGAUGCCUUCGCUGACUGAACUGACCGCCUGUGUGUGGAUCAGAGUGACUCAUCAGUCUGUACACUAUAUAUUUACCUACGCAUCCAGCUCCUCUCCAGACGCCAUUGCGUUGGGUUAUUAUGCCAACUAUAGUUCACUUACACGCCUAUACUUUAACAUCAAUGCUUGGUCUUUUAUGUAAGUUGAUUUAACCUGUUCGUAUAUCUCAUAAAUCAGGGGUACUUACUAUUUACAAUGGAAAUCCGGAAAUUUCGGUUUGAAGAUCAAAUGGUUCUUGCCAUUCCGUUCGGGGAGCUUCAGAAAACAUGUGAUACUUAAUACUAAGUAGUGCACGCGCGUGAGCCAGCGUCAUUUUGGCGGGAAAAUGUGGUAGCCGUCGUCAUUCUACUACAAGUUUUCGGGUAAAUGUCGUGGUGGCGAAAACAAGAUAUCAAAUGUUAGAAGUUUUAUCAUUUUGCGAUCCGGAGAGCACGUAACCUCCUUCACGAAAGAUAACAGUGCUAACUUUUUUAGUGAAAAAUGGUAAACUGAAGCUUUCCGAGAAGUCUAUAUUGCGAUAAUACGCACUCGUAGUCGUCCUCGUCCUCAAAUCUAAAGGUCGCUAAUUUGUUCUCCCGCCACGACAGCGUUUAUAGUUUUAUGUUUAUGCACACGGUUUCCACCCGGGUGGUUUGUGUAAAUGGUAAGCCUCCCAGAUUUUCGUAUAAUAUAAAUGUUAAUCGUUGUUAAUAAUGGUAAUUGAACUGAGUGGAGUGCAAUUUGGUCUGAAAUCAUACGAGUGAUUUCAAAAUCGCGAGUUCGAUUUGAAAUCAUCAGAAUGAUUUCAGACCAAAAUUGCACGGUACGAAGUUCAAUUACCACUUUACUACAGCCAUUUUGAAAUCGCAGAAUUCUAUCAGUACCAAUAUUUUAUUGAUCAAGUAGCCAGUUUGUUGAAAAGCGGAAACAAAAAGGUAUUUACAUCUCAUUUUGUAUUCGAAACAGAAAUGAUGCGAUUUAUAACAUAAAUAACGCGAUUUAGAACAAAUGUGAUUUAGAGCAAAAAAUUUAGUGAUUUGUGAAUUAAUCACAUUGCUGAGAGCUAAUCAGAUUGCAGGGAUCACUAGUGAUUUCAAAAUGGAUAUGAUAGGGAUAUUAUGGUCUGAGUAAAAGUGGUAAAUGGAAAUGCUAAGCAGAACGAGCAAGUACAGGGACCUGAUGACCACUAUAGUGCCCAAACACAAGGUCUCGAUCUUGUAUACACCUUUGAAUACACGGGUUUUUCAUAAAAGGUGUCCAUGGGAAAGCUUUAAAAAAAGGAAUAGUUCAAAUAAGUACCGGGGAGUACCAAACACGGUAUUGUACCCAGGUACGAAGCGUUCUCACUGCCUUAUUUUUACAACUUGAUUUUUAAGACAUCGUGACUUAUCGCCCGGGCUGCAUGAUGGUGGCUGGCAUCACGUGUGUUUUACGUGGUCCAACUCUGAUGGAGAGUUGUGUCCUCAUGUGAAUGGAGAAGUGCUUACGUGCUUCACUGACUACAAAACCGGCGAGACCAUUCCAGGAAACGGACAAUUCAUUCUUGGCCAGGAACAGGACGCCUACGGUAAGCUGUUUAUUCGAGAACGUUAGAGGUAUUUUAUUUAUAGGAGUACGUUAAGUUUUCAGGAGCAAAAAGGUGCUUUUAGAUUGGCUAAUUUUUUCUUCUUUUUUUUUUCGAGGCAAAAUUAUAUAAUAAUUCCAUGAAAAUACCUCUUAAAGUUUCUAUGUUAUUUACAUCAAUCUAAUUUUUCAGUAAAAUUGAAGAUACGUAGCCAUUAAUCAUUAAGAAUGACGUCACAGGUACCCAGCGGAGCCAGGUUCUGAAGCUUAUCUCAGAUUCUCUCUAAUGACGUUGGUCUUCAAAUAAUAACUUUUGGGUGUGGUCAAAACCAGUUUUUAUUUUUCUUUACCUUUAUUUCUUAGGCCUAGGCCAAACGUCGAACUGCUCAUGAGACAAAACAAACAAUGAGUUAGGUUCAUCAAAAGUGCGAUGUCUGUCUCAGUUAAGUUCGUCUGAAUGAGUUUGGAUCGUCCAACACGUUCUAUCCGCCUGCUUCAGACCGAUAAAACUUAUGAAAAUCGUCUCCGGGACAAACGUCAAUCUUCACAUGCGACGAACUAAACUAAUAAAUUCAAACUUUGUUCACGACAAUGUCUAUACUUAGCUUCGUUCAGGAUAUUUUUUUUCAAAUUGCUGUUUGGUCUGAUUCAGUUGAUUGGUUCGACGCGUCCUCAGUUCGACGUCUGACCCAACAGACCAUCUUAACUUAAUUUAGGUCGAGUCAAAUUAGAGUUUGGUUCGUCUCAUAUAAAGUUCGACGUUUGGCCUAGGCCUUACUCUUUGUUAAUUUGCUUUUCUCAAAAGGUGGUGGAUUUGCUGCACACCAAGCCUUUUUCGGGAGAAUGAGCAGAGUGAAUGUGUGGAACUAUGUUGUUCAUUCAUUAAUGAUAUCAGAGAUGUACAAAGGUUGUGGAUCAUGGAAUGGGAAUGCAGUGCCUUGGUUUCACUUCAAAGAUAGUAUCACUGGAGAUAUAGAGAUAAUCAGGCCUUCAUCGUGUUCGCUUGUAGGUAAGUGCGCUCAGUCCCUUCCGGGAUAGCCUGCGUAGCAUACGUUUCCAACAACAACAACAACAACAACACUUUAUUUCACCCCAUAAUAUACAAGAAAUAAAAAUUUAUAACAAUAGUACAGACGAUGAUAGGGGCGCUGGCUGCCCGAAAUAACCUAAGAGUUAAAAAUGCCAGGCAGCCAGUUAAAAGAAAAGAUGUUUAAAUGUUUAGGUCAGGGACACAAGAACAAAGAAAACAGAGAAACGCACACAAAUAGUUAAGUAAACUACCAGUAUAUAAAGAGACUAAAAUUCAAGUUACCCAGACAAUGUACAGAUGUCUAGUAAUCUUUGAUAAAGUGCUGUUUCAUUUUUCAUUUUUUUUUUCCGUUUGGUUUCGGUGCAGAAUCCCGUUCGAGUUCCUCGGUCUUUCUUUCGGCCGCGCGAGAAAUGAAAAGAGAGCCAAAAAAAGAAAGAGNAAAUUUAUAACAAUAGUACAGACGAUGAUAGGGGCGCUGGCUGCCCGAAAUAACCUAAGAGUUAAAAAUGCCAGGCAGCCAGUUAAAAGAAAAGAUGUUUAAAUGUUUAGGUCAGGGACACAAGAACAAAGAAAACAGAGAAACGCACACAAAUAGUUAAGUAAACUACCAGUAUAUAAAGAGACUAAAAUUCAAGUUACCCAGACAAUGUACAGAUGUCUAGUAAUCUUUGAUAAAGUGCUGUUUCAUUUUUCAUUUUUUUUUUCCGUUUGGUUUCGGUGCAGAAUCCCGUUCGAGUUCCUCGGUCUUUCUUUCGGCCGCGCGAGAAAUGAAAAGAGAGCCAAAAAAAGAAAGAGGAGGGAGGGGGAGGGGAAGGAAGGAAGGAAACGCUUGCAGACAAACCCCUCGAUUUUGAAAACCUGCGUUCGUCAGCGAACGCAGCGCUUGAUCGGCUUGGAUAGUCGAACAAUAUUGACAUGUGUCGAUCAAAGGUUUGUUUUAUACUGAAAGUUAUGGUGGUUGUUGUCUAUUGUGGUAGGCAAGAUUUGCCCUCCAUUGCAAGAGCAUUUUCUUUGACCUCUUUUGAAACGUAAAGUUUUUCUUGCGACUGAAUAUGUUUUUCAGGUCGUUUAAUCGGCGAGUUCUGUCUGUUAGAUCUUUGGCCUUGUACAAAUACGCGUCGCGGAUCGAAAAUACUAGACUUGAAUGCUUGUCACAUUUUACCACUUCAAAUCCAACUUUCUGGAGGUUUUGAUCUAAAACUUCAAAACUUCACCCUUGGGGUCCUUCCUUUUAGACGGAUUAGUUAAAGAGGACAAAUGUACAAAGCCUGCAUUGAUCGUUCGGAUUCAUUGAGAACUCAACAUUAACGCCGUCCACGAGUACCAAAAUACCAAAAAAAAAAAUUGGGGGUUCCACACACGCGUCCUCUAAAGUUCAUUACCGCUCCACGGAAGGCCGAACAUUUUAUUGGUCAAUUUUGACGGCUGAUGACAGCAUCAAAUGUCUGUGCGCGAACUCAGACAUGACAGGCCAAGUGGGAGGUUUUCAAAAUCCCGGGGUUUGUGUGAAAGUAGUGUCCUUCGCAGCCGUUUUUAGGCUCGUUACGCAACGCUCCUUCCCUUCCUUGUUGCGUGACGAGCCUAAAAACAGCUGCGAAGGAGACUAGUUUGCAAGCGUUUCCUUCUUUUCUUCCCCACCCCCUCCCCUCUCUUUUACUUGCGCCAUUUGACUCUCGUUCCUCGUUCUUUGCUCCUAAACCGCACGGAAACGCUUGCUACGCAGGCUACUUCCAGGAGUUUAUACAAGAGGAAAUUAGUCGCCUCGAUCUUUUGGGGGAAAAAACAGGGUGGAGAGACAAAUUAAUGUUCAUACAAUCAAAUUAUUCAAUAAAAAAACUUUUGUACUAGGAGUCAACUCAUUAAAACUGUUAAAGGUCCAUUUUGCAGAGUAGCUGUUGUUUUCAAAGUGUGAAACCUAAAACUAUACCUAGACCUAGAAAUUUUAUUGAAUUGAUUCGAAACCACUCCAGUCUAAAACGCAUGCGCCGCCCGUGACGUAGCUCCUUUAUUUGCUAACAAGGAGAAAUGCUUUUAAUGAGCUCUUGACUAAGUAAUCUGACUUUUUCUCCGUCUGCAUUUCAGUGCCCACUGUACAGGCAGCUAGAGAUGCUUACUGUGGAAGCAGGUACUCUGAUCCUACUUGUGGAACAGCUAUAAGGGCAGCGUUUGAUAGAAAAUUUAAUCAAGUUGGAAAGCGGUGGCGCUGCUACUAUGAUAUUGCUCUUACUACUGAUUCGCACACUCAGUUACCUAUUUAUGAUACGGACACAAACUCGGAAUGUUUACAUUCUAUUGAAACAGAUUUAUUGGCCUUAGUUGAGUAA